UCGUCAUUCUAAAGGUAUGAUACCGUCACAUUUUGUGUACAAUUGGAUACUGAAAGUGCAAAACUGAGAACCAGAAAUUAGAUUGAAAAUAGUUGUGUAAUUCUUUAGAGCCUGUAAUUUUGAUAUUAAACUUCACAAGUCUGUUAUUUGGAGCUGUGUUUAAAGAAAGAAUUAUUUAUAGUCAUGUGUGAUACAGUUUGUUCAUCACUUGAACAUCUCAUAAAAGAUGUUUUAUGUGCUAAAAUUGAUGAUUAAGAAGUUUCCAAUAUUUCUUUUAAAAAACUGUUAAUAAAGAUGAGCGAAAAAUCAUCACACAAAAAGGAGCGGAAAAGAAGUCCUUCUUCUUCAUCCUCAUCGAGUUCUUCGACUAGCAGUGAGAGCAGUAACAAUGAGACCAAGACUAAACACGAUGAGAAGUCGAAGGAGCAGCCUCGUCCGAUCCUUCCUUUGGGUAAUGUCGGUAAAAUGAGAUUAGAUAUAGGAUACAAAAUCCAACAAGAAGAAUUAUCAGAUAGUGAAGAUUCUGAUGUCAAUUCAGUUUCCCCCAGAGCCCUUCAUUUAAGUAAUGAUGUAAAAUAUACUAGUGUUAAAACGAAAGACCGAGAAAGAUCAAAAAGCCAAGAAAGGAGAAGACAUAGAUCACGCAGUAACGAUAAGAAAAGUGAUAGGUCUCGAAGUAAAGAUUCUAGAAACAGUCGGUCCAAGAGCAAGGAUGUUAAACUUGAUUCUGACUCAAAGGUAAGUUCUAAAUAUGAUCACUCUAAAAAUUUCAGUAAAAGGGAACGGUCUAAAAGUAGGGAAAGAAGAAAAGAGCGAUCUAGAAGUAGAGAUAGAAGGAAGAGACAUUCAAAGAGUAGAGAAAGAAAACCAAGCUGUUCCCCAAAUAGAGAUAAGAAAAAAGAGAGAUCUAGAAGUAGGGAUAAAAAAAGAGAUCGAUCCAAGAGUCGGGAAAGAAUCAAAGAUAAAAGAAGAGAAAGAUCAAAAAGUAGGGAAAAACGCGUAGAAAAGUCACGCCAUGAGUCAAGAAGCCCAAGUUAUAAAGGUAAAUCAUAUGGCCAUUCAAAGAGAAGGUCAAGAGAGAAAAGUAGCAAGAAAAGUCAUUCAAGAAGUAGAUCUAGAAGUCGCCCACGUAAACGAUCAAGGAGCCGGUCUAGAAGUUUUGAUCGAUCAAAAAGAUUAUAUGAAAAAAAGAUUAAUAAACUCAACAUUUUAGAAAAACUUGGAAUUGAAUUGAAAGUUCCUGAUAGUCAGGUACUAGGAGAAGCCGGUGGGAAUGCUUCUGGUUUUUCAAUUCCAAGCUACUACAAUCCAGCUGGAGUAAAUCCAUUGAAGUACGCUCAACAAAUGCAGAAGCGUAGACUUAUUUGGGGGAAUAAAAAGCAAGAGGGAGAGUCAUCCACUGAGAAGAAAGAAGAAGAGACAACUAUAAAGCCUGAUGGUGCAGGACCAGAGAGUGUUUGGAAAGGAACAACAUUUUCCCAAGAUCAGGAUGGAAAACUUACAGCAAAAUUCAAACGUUUGAUGGGUAUCAAAGAUUCGGGGAAAGAUGAAGGGCCAACAGAGAAAAGCUCAGAGUUGAUUCAAAAACAAGAAGAAAUGUUCAAUUCAAUGGAAAAACAAUAUGAAGUUGCUAGAGUGUCGACUCAUACCCACCGUGGACUUGGCUUGGGGUUUGGAGUUCACCUUCCCCGUUGAGUGUAAAUACACCAAACAGUGUAAGAUUUACAUUUCUUGUUUAAACCUUUGAUGGACGCUUGUUUGUGUGUUUUAUUAAUGUAUGAUAUGAAAAUAAUGUAGAUUAAAUGUGGUAUUGCAAUGAAUACAACUGAUUUAGUCAUAAAGUAUGUAAAAACUUUUACUUUUCAUUUUUGUACCAAAUCAUAAAUAUCAUGAAAUAUGUAAUGGAGUCUGACAAGUUGUAUUUUGUAAUGUGGUAGUUACUAAAGGAAGGCCAAAUCUCUUGUUACCAUGGUUGUUGUAGGCCUGUGCUGUACUAUCUGUUAUUGUUAGGUAUCCAUUUUUAUACAAUAUUCAGCUAUUGUACAGUCAUGACAAGGAGGUUUAAAUAGAAAUAUUUUUAAUAGUGAAAAUGUAUCUGAUUUAGAUUUUUCAUGAAUAUAAUAAGCAAAAAUAAUAUAAAAAAACUAAGACUAAAUUCUUUUUAAGCUGAACAUCAGUUCCAUAGAAAAAAUUGGAAGCUGCCUGAAUGAUGAUUUAUAUUAAAAGUUAUUCUAAUUUGUCAACUAUUCAGACAUUUAGUGAAUCAUAAAAGGAUGGACAGCUUUUUACAUCCUUUCUUUAUAUCAAGAAACAAUAUUUUAUUGUAAUUUAUGUAUAUUUAAAUAUUAACUGCCAGCAUGAUCAGUAGAAAAAAUCUUUUACUAUAAAGUGCAAAUUUACCAUUAAGAAUAAUAAUCUAAGGAUGGUAGAAAUAAACAUUACAGUGAUAUAAAGAUUUUUACUUUAUUUUAAACUUAGGUCUAACGUAAACAAUUUAUUAGCAAGAAUGUAUUUCCAUGAUUUUCUUAUCGUAGUUGUGAUCUUAUUAUAUUUAAGAAGUAAAUGAAAAUCUAAUUAAUCCAAACUAGCAUUAUUGGCAUUGUUUUAAUUAUUUCUUCUCUGCAAUCAGAUUUGUAUUCUUUAAUGUGCUAAUUUGAUCAUUAAGUAAUUCGAUAUAUGAUCUAGAUUUUGCUAGACAUUGCAAAACGUUAAUAUUGAAAAGUGAAAACAGGAUGUACUCACUUUUAUGAAAAAAGGAAUAAUAAGAAUAUAUUGUUAUAACACUUUGUGAUCUUAUUUAAAUUAAAUUUGUAAAUAUCAUCCGUGUAAAUAAAAUUCAUUUUGGGAAUUUCACAAGAAACUGUAAAAUGUUCUGUUACGCAAAUUUAGUCAAUAACAUGUAUUACGAUUUGGUACACCAUGAAAUUAAACAAUUGGGCAUUGUAUUCAGAGCCAUGAAUAUUUUUUGUUUGUAUCAUUAUUUUUAAGUUGUAUUAAAUAAAUACUUAAAAUAGCACAGGA